AUGCCUGACAACCAGCCGAUCCGACAUUUCUUUAACAACAAGCCCAGCAUAUUACUUAUUCUAUUAAUCUUUGCAUUGCCAUGUAUAUCGUCGUUAAAAGUCGCUAUAUUGCCGUUUAUUGCUGGCAGCCAUCCUUUAUCGGCGGAUAUCAUUGCGCAACAUCUGAUUAAAAGAGGUCAUACGCCUAUUACUAUUAUUUCAAAUGAGCCUAAAGUCCUUAAGAAAUUAAAGACUUCUGCUUUUGCCUUAUAUGACAUUGAAAGACCCUUUACUCAGACUGAACUUCAAAAAGUAUUUACUACCACUAAUCCAUUUAUAGCACUAAGUUAUGUCAGUGAUAUACAAACACGAUAUUGUGAUGCAAUGCUAUCGAAUCAAACGUUAAUCCAAUCACUUCAAGAUGUCGAUGUUAUUGUCGCCGAUGAUUUACUUGUAUGUAGUCUUCUUUUAAAGGAGGUAUUAAACAAGCCGUCGGUACACGUUUCAACCUCAGGAAGCAUCGUUGGCUUUCAUACCUUUCUGGGAGCUUAUACACCUUAUUCAUAUGUACCUCUGAUAGGACCGUUUUCAAAGGAUAUGAGUUUCUUACAAAGAGCAAUGAACGUUAUCGUUGGUUUAGGAAUGGAAGCUAUAAUAAAAAAUUGGUCCUCUAAAAUGCUUAAUACGUUAAGAUUUAAGCAUAAUAUUGCUACAAACUUAACAUUAUUUGAGUUACGUAGAAAAUUUUCUGUUUAUUUAGCAACUCUUGACUUUGCUAUCGAAUAUCCCGUACCUAUACCACCAAAUAUUCACACUGUAGGACCGCUAACACCCGUACCACCCUCGCCAUUACCUCAAUCAUUUGAAAUAUUUAUGCAAAAUUCCGGCGAUCAAGGUGUUAUAAUUCUGUCGUUAGGUAGUGAACUUCAGAUUCAAGAUCAUAAAUUAACGGAAAUGGUAGCAGCUCUAAGUCAAUUACCUCAUCAAAUUAUAUGGAAAACGAAGCAAAGAAUUAAACAUGUACCUGAAAAUGUAAAAAUUGUCGAAUGGAUGCCUCAAAAUGAUCUUCUUGGUCAUAACAAAACUAUUGCCUUUAUCACUCAUUGUGGUUCAAAUGGCGUGUACGAAGGGGCCUAUCAUGGUGUACCUAUGAUAGGAAUGCCGGCUAUGGAAGAGCAAAUGGGUAAUAUUCGCAGAAUAAUUCGCACCGAAAUUGGAGUUCAUGUAGACUUUUACAAAUUCACAAUGAGCGAUAUUACAAGUGCAGUUACUGAAAUCACUGCCAAUAAAAGAUACAGAGAAAACGCCAAAAGAAUAUCUAAAAUUCUCAAAAGCUCGCCAAGAACGGCAAGAGAUGCUAUUGUCGACUGGAUUGAAUACGUUGUGCAAGCGGAAGGAGCUCAUCAUCUAAAAGUAGAAGGAGAGAAAUUGUGGUUCUACGAACUAUACAACCUAGAUGUUAUGCUAUUCGUACUAAUUGUACUCUAUAUUAUCUAUCGAAUGUUGAAAGCUUGUACGAAAAUGAUAUUUCAAUCAAAAGCUAAAGUAGAUUAG